AGCACUGCAGGCAGUGAUUUUACUUUGUAUGCCACAGCACCUGCCCCCGUGGUGUACUCUGGACCAUGGUAAGGCAGUUUCUGUCUUUCCUUCCAUCUCAUCCCUUAAUUCUGGGCAGUUCAAGGAGCUAACGGAGUUCUUUUGAUGGGUUGGUCAAUUUCAAGUUUUGCAGGCCAGAUAGAUCUGAGCCAGAUUUCCUCUCCACUCACAAACUUAUAACCUGAGUCAAGUUCCACGUUUAGUGUGCAUCGUUUACCCACCCACAGAGAUGUCCGCACUAUUGCGACAUGCAAGUUUCAUUCCUUGUUGGCUUUGUGGUUUUGGCCUGGCCCCAGAAAUCUGAGCUGUUGCCACUGGAGAGGGCGGCUGGGUUUCUCAAACAUAGAGCCUCAGAGACCUUGUCUGCAGCUGGUGGCAGCAGCCAGAGGUCUCCGAAGGGCUGGCUCGAGCCUUCCAUAGGGAGGGGUUGGACAGGGAGACCCAGACUCCGGCCAGGGUCAUGCUGCGGCAGCCUGGCGCCUGACAAGUGAGAGGGAACCUGCCAAGGGAUUUCUGCUUAGUGUGAGCUAACGGCAGGACAGGCUGGCCUCAGGGGAGCAGGGAUGGGCAGAGCAGCCGCCCCAGAGCCUGGGCCAACAUCCCCAGGAAGGAGGCCUGCGCCCUGGCAGGGAGCUCGGAACAUGCUUGGCUGAUGUGGCCUGGAUUGGAUGUGGCACCCCACUGAGCAGCAGCUGUUCUCUGCUCUAGAGGACCUCACAGCAGCGAGUGGGAGCUUUGUGACCACCAGGAGGAGGGACCAGCCCCUCAGAUGGGAAGCAAACAAGAACCCAAGACAAAGAGCAUCUUGGUCUUUGAAGCAGGACGUUCUGCUGCACACAGAGCUUGCUGGUUUUCUUCACUAAGGACUGCUAUCUGGAUCUUCUUGCCUAGGAGAGGGGUUGAACCAGGAGGGCUGUCCAGGGCAGACUCUCGCUUCGCAUGGAAUCCAAGCACCUUGAAGCUCAAGAGCUCCCUGUUGUGACUGCAACUGACGGACUUCCCCGCAGCAGGGGACGAGGGGUCACCUCGGCAUCUGCUCAUGAGCCACAAGGACUCCAGCUGCUCCAGACUGGGCCAUUUCAAGCUGCCAAAGAGAGGGACGCCUAGAGCUGGCAUCCAGCAAUCCCAAGGAACUAGAGGGCUGGGUUGGACUGACCUUGCCCUGGCCAGGGCAGAAGGAGAGCCAGAGCCUCUGUGGCCCAGCUAGUGACUGAGAGACCUAAUGAAGCACUGAGCAGGUGCCCAAGUGGCUCAGGGAUAGAGGAGCGCCUCCUGCCCACCAUACCCCCCUUUCAGUGGAGAGAGUCUGGCAAGGGACUCCUACCAAGGCUCGUGUCCCUAUGCCCAUUGCACGUGCUGCCAGAACAAGGAGGCUGUGCCGUGGCCAGCCCCUCAGAAGGCCGGGAAAGGAGUGGCCACGGUGACAACUGCUCGCCCGCUGGCACCAUGAAGUGCUCCCUGCGGGUGUGGUUCCUCUCCAUGGCCUUCCUGCUGGUUUUUAUCAUGUCCCUGCUCUUCACCUAUUCUCACCACAGCAUGGCCACCCUGCCCUACCUGGAUUCAGGGGCCAUGGGAGGGACUCACCGGGUGAAGCUGGUGCCCGGCUAUGCUGGCCUACAGCGCCUCAGCAAAGAGGGGCUCACGGGCAAGAGCUGUGCCUGCCGACGCUGCAUGGGUGAUGCUGGCACCUCCGACUGGUUUGACAGCCACUUCGACAGCAACAUUUCCCCUGUCUGGACCCGAGAGAAUAUGGAUCUGCCCCCAGAUGUCCAAAGGUGGUGGAUGAUGUUGCAGCCCCAAUUCAAGUCACAUAACACCAACGAGGUGCUGGAGAAAUUGUUCCAGAUAGUGCCGGGCGAGAACCCAUACCGUUUCCGAGACCCCCAUCAGUGCCGGCGCUGUGCCGUGGUGGGGAACUCGGGCAACCUGCGGGGCUCCGGCUAUGGGCAGGAUGUGGACGGACACAACUUCAUCAUGAGGAUGAAUCAGGCACCAACUGUGGGCUUUGAACAGGAUGUUGGCAGCCGAACCACCCAUCAUUUCAUGUACCCUGAGAGUGCCAAGAACCUGCCUGCCAACGUCAGCUUUGUGUUGGUACCCUUCAAGGCCCUGGAUUUGCUGUGGAUUGCCAGCGCCCUGUCCACAGGACAGAUCCGAUUCACCUAUGCCCCAGUGAAGUCCUUCCUUCGAGUGGACAAAGAAAAGGUUCAGAUCUACAACCCAGCCUUCUUCAAGUACAUCCACGACCGGUGGACAGAGCACCACGGACGCUACCCUUCCACAGGGAUGCUGGUGCUCUUCUUUGCCCUGCAUGUGUGUGACGAGGUGAACGUGUAUGGAUUCGGGGCGGACAGCCGGGGCAACUGGCACCACUACUGGGAGAACAACCGGUACGCGGGCGAGUUCCGGAAGACGGGUGUGCACGAUGCGGACUUCGAGGCACACAUCAUCGACAUGCUCGCCAAGGCCAGCAAGAUCGAGGUCUACCGAGGCAACUGAGCCUGGCCCGGCCGCAACCCUGACAGCGUGGCCUCCUCUGUGAGGUGCAGCCACGCCUUCAGGCCCUGGACUCCAGGCCUGCGAGAAGGGAGCGAGCCUUGGCGUGCGCACCCCGCCCCGCCCUGGGCGUUGCCGGGCAAUCGGGAGCGACGAGAGGCCGCGGUCUGGGCCUAUCAUGCUGCAGUCCAGCCAGCGCUGCCUGUCCUCCCUUCAAUCAUGAGACUCGUGAGCCGGGCCCGGCCCUUGCACCAAUCAGCGCCGUCAUUGGGCGGAGCCUUUGAUUCUGACAGCCAAUCAUGAAGCUCAAAAGAACUUCCGCCACUGGUUUCCCCUCCCGUCUCCUCCAAUCACUGACCUUUGGAGCCGGGCAGGCGGUGGCUUAAUUUCCCAGUCCCUUUUGCUUUUUGAUAGAAUUUUCUUUUCCGCUUUUUAAAAGGUAGAGGUUGUUUCGGACCCUGAUGAAGUAUUUUUCCUCAGGGUUCGCGUCUCAGUGGCUGGCCGGCCGGGCUGCGGCGGGAGUGCUCGGAGCGGAAGGGAGUCGGCCGCUAGGGGGUGGCCCGGGCGUGCGCUGCCUUGCGAGAGGAAAGCUAGUGUCCUCCAGGUCGCCGCAGGCUCUCCGGGAGAGUCUUAGACCCGCACGUUUUCUUUCUGUGUCAGGCGCAGCCAUGGGUGAGUGCAGACCCACCAAAGAGAUGCGGUCCCAGGUGGCGCGUGGGCCCUCGUCCCCCCCCCCCACCCCCCGGCCGUCCUGAGGUUCCAAACGGGGGGCAUUGGAUUCGCCCUUCGACUUGGGAGUGGACUUGGCCUCGGUUCUGACGCGAAACACGAAAGUGUUGGAGAGGCAGGGUGGGAGUCCGGAAAGCCCCGCCGCGUCACUUGUAAGGUGCUUCACACUCCACUCGUGCCCUCGGCCCCUCCACCUCACCCGCGACCCUGUUAGUGUCUCUCUCCUCAGGCCCUGGGCCUCACCAGCCUACUUGUUGCUCUGGGAACCCAAACCGAAAUCAUAAAAUUUGCCCUUCCGCAUCCGCACCGCCACACACACACACACACACACACAGGUUCUGAGGAGGGCCGCCACCACCUUCCCCCGCGCCCCUAGGAGAGCAGGAGACCUGGAGUACCGCAGGUAGCCGCAGCCACCAGGGAAAGCGCCCAACAGUCCCACGUGCCAUACCCCCAUCUCCCCUUCCUCAUGCCUGUCCCCCCACGUGUCCAUUUUCCGGCCCUGGAAAGGCUGGGAUACACCCGAAAGCAACUUUCUUGCAUGAUAGGACCCAGCUGCGGCCGGCAAUCCCCCCUUCAAGGUCAGGGGCGCUCAGGAGGUGAGAAAAGGCUUCUGUGAAGCUCUCAAACCGCUGCAAGCCCCCCUCCUCCCCUCACCCCUUCCCCGCGCUGUCAUCACCAAUACCCGUUUUGCUCAGUGAACUGGCACCACCAAGCAGCCUCCAUGGGGAGGAACUUAGAGAGGGUCCCUGCAAUUGAAUAAAGGGAGAAGGUAGCUUGACCAUGUUCCCACUGGGGAAAGCCACACAGGGGUGGCCAGCAAGGGCCACUUCAGGAGCGCCUCAGGGCCUUCCCCUCUGCCAUUUGAGGCACCCGCCAUUCUUGCCAGGGUCCUGCCACUGCUGCCUCAGAGACUGUUGUCAGUGUUGAGGAGAUCAAUGCAAUUAUGCCAAACAGUAUUGAGCAGAAUAAUUUAUUUCUUCCCCCUUAUAUAUAUUUUUUUCUGGUGGGGGAGGGGGGUUCCUUUUUUUUGUUUAAAUCAUUAACCCUCAUUUUGGAAGAAAUAGUUCCCAGCAUCCAACCCAAUCUUCUUUAUUGCAAUAGUUAUUUAAACCUUUUUAAAAUUUUCCUUCCCUUUCUCUUUCUGAAUUAAAAUUGAACAACAA